AUGAGCUCCUUUAAGGACCCUCCUAGUACGGGGGCGACCUUGACCAUGGCCAAUUUUGAGCCCAAUGCGGUCAUUCGCGGGUUCCAGCUUACUAUAGUUGGUACUGUGCGAGCUUUGAAGAAUCCUGAUCUCUUCAAGUACGAGCAUUUCCGGCAGGCAGCUCUUGCUGUUGGUGUCGGAGUCAUCAUUCAGCUCAUCAUCCAGAUCCCGAUGAUUAUUCUGAAACUUGCCAUUUACUUGUCCUCUUGGAUUGUAAAUUUGGAUCAGGCAACUUGGGACGAGAAGCUUCUCGGUGGCAUGGAUUUUAUGUCCAAAUCAGUGCUGCAAGUCCCGUUCCUGUUAAUGACCUUGAUGGGUUACAUCACUCCGACCCUGGAUGAAAUGUUGGUCAACCCCGCCCAAGCACGCUUAUUACAACCCGGUGCUUACUGUUGCCAUAGCUUCAUGCAAUCUGUUGAAUGGGUUGAUUCAACGUACAUUCAAAAGCACCAGUCCGAGAACCCCGACACUCUGAGGGCCAUGUACUACCCCAGCCUGGUGAUGUUUCCGACAAAGACUGGUCCGCGAUCCUCACGGCCAAAGUCCGAGGCCAUCAAGAUGUUUGUUCAACGAUAUGCAAAGAGAAUGGGAACGCUUCUUGGCGUGUAUCUUCUCUCUCUCACUCCCGUCAUUGGCCGCUUCGUGAUGCCUGCUGCGAGUUUCUAUACAUUCCGCAGUCAUGUGGGCACAGCUCCAGCCGCAGUCAUCUUUGGCGCUGGUCUGGUGCUUCCCAAAGCGAUGAUCGUCAAAUUCCUCCACACCUAUUUUGCGUCAAGAAGUCUGAUGCGUGAACUUCUUGAGCCAUAUUUCCGCCGCAUCAAAUUUACCCCCGAUCAGAAGCGCCGCUGGUUCCGUGAUCGAGAAGGUGUUCUUUUCGGAUUUGCAUUUGCCUUUACCAUUGUGUUGAAGACCCCUUUUAUUGGAGUGCUCAUGUACGGAGUUGCCGAAGCGUCCACAGCCUACCUGAUCACCAAGAUUACCGAUCCACCUCCCACACCAGCCGAGAGUGAGGGUUUCGCCGAAAGUCAAGUGACGUGGAAGAACAAGCAUGACUUUCUGCGGUUGUCGCUCGAAAAUAUUGACAGGCUCAAUGUGGUUACAGACCAGAAUGGCGCUCAAGGCUCUACCACGGUACCUAAAAAGGAAUUCUCUUGA